AUGGCGGAUUACGCUUCGUUCGUCGAUUAUGUUCUCCGUGUCGACGAGCUAUUCGGCGUCGCCAUAGACAACAGCGAUAUUGCAGACGUAGCACGACAGAGGCUGAGGGACCACCUGAAUCCCAUGGAACACUUCACCAACAGCGAAUUUCUCGCACGCUAUCGGUUCACGAAGUGCACCGUGAAGAAGCUGCUUGACUGCCUGCCUCUUGAACAGAGCGCCAGCAACCGUGGCCACCCUCUGCCAGCAAUGCUUCAACUUCUUCUCGCUUUACGCUUUUAUGGAGCGGGCACAUUUCAAGUUGUGACAGGUGACCUAGUGAACGUGUCGCAACCGACAGUGAGCCGCGUCGUCGAACGUGUCUCACGACUAAUUGCUACGCACUUCUUCCCGGUCGUCGUGAAGUUUCCGAGCACAGAUAGCGAGUUCCGUGCGACGAUGGUGGAUUUCUACCGCAUUGCCAAGUUUCCCGAGGUGACGGGGUGUAUAGACUGCACCCACAUCCGCAUCAAGGCACCGGGUGGGCCGAAUGGCGAAGUUUACCGCAAUCGGAAGGGUUACUUCUCCAUAAAUGUACAGGUCAUUGCAGGGCCGCAGCUGCAAUUUUACGACGUCGUGGCUAGCUGGCCCGGCUCCGUGCAUGACAGUCGAAUCUUCGACAACAGUCGUGCACGUGUUCUCUACGAGACAAAACGAAUGCCUGGUCUUCUACUUGGCGAUGCUGGCUAUGCAUGCAUGCCCUUCCUAAUGACCCCACUAGCUUCCUCCGGACGUCCGAACAGCCCCGAGAGGAAGUAUCAAGCUGCUCACAUCCGCACCCGCAACACUGUAGAGAGAGCUUUCGGUGUGUGGAAGCGUCGCUUCCCAUGUUUGGACAUGGGGCUUCAGCACUUGACGGAGCGUUCUGCGGUCAUUACGACAGCCUGUGCUGCCCUGCAUAACCUGGCAGUACUGAGGCAGGACCCGGAACCUCCAGCUGUGGUGAUCCCACAACACUUGAGGCGGCAGCAGCCUGAUGUGUUCCUGCUUCCGUUGUUCGUCCAUCCUGUGACGUUGUCGUUGCUGGAUGAGCUGCUGCCGACGCAAGCGAAUCUCUACAGAGUGCAGUUCUGCUUUGCGCUCCUCAUCUUUCUGAAGCGCCUUCAGUCGGGCAGCUCCUUCAGGUGCGAGCGCCCGCUCUAUCGCAGCUGUGCGGCCUCGUGCUGGUCUCAGUUGCUGAGGUGUGUCAAUGAGAGCCGCAGCGUCUGA